UGAACGAGGGCGCGCGAGCGAGCGAGGCGAGCGUUUGCGUUCGGGUUCGAGCGGGUGUUUGUCGCGCUCGCUGCUGUUGCGUUGCGUUGCGUUGCGUUGCGUUGCGUUGCGUUACGGUGCGGCGCGGUGCGACGUGGUGCGGUGUGUUGCGGUGCGGUGCGGUGCGGUGCGGUGCGACGUGGUGCGACGUGGUGCGGUGCCGCGCGACGACGGUGAAGGGUACUACGAGUGGAAGACACGGCCGUGGCUGGGCUGCUAGGCGGGCGUAGGCGAGGUUCCGUGACGGCCGUUCGGUGGCGCAGCAGAAAUUCCCCGGCGCGGGUUGGUCGGCUACGUGGUGUGCGUGCGUUUCGCGUCUCGCUCUCGCUCACGUCGCCCGACUCGUGAGUGUGCGUGGCGCGUACGUGUGUAGCGGUCGUCCGCGCGCACGUAUCUGCCCCGAGAGUCCGUCCGCGCCUCGACUUGCUGACAUGGCGUCCUAGUGCUGCGCACGGACAAAGUUGCCCGUCCUUUCGCGCACCACGGAAACUGAUCUCUACCUCCCAUUUUUUCUCGCCUUGCCUCGCGUCGUCGUCGCCGUCAUCGAGUCGAGUCGAGUCGCGAGGAUGUCAAGGUCACGAGUAAGCCGGACACGAUAAUUCUUGGCCGAUGAAGAGCAGAGCAGCACGAGGACGAGUAGUAGAAGGAGCAGCAGCACGAGCAAGAGCGAGUGGCUUCGUCAUCGUAGAAGGUGGUGGCGCCGUGGAGAAGCAAAAGAAGAAACGAGGACGAAGUGGCGGCAGCAGAGGCAACGACGACAAUAGGGCGACAAGCAGCCAGGUCCCUCCAUGUUAGCGGAUAUCAACGGCAACCUGGCGGAUUUGAGAAGCGAAGCGAUGGCGUCGCAGAGGUUCUGUUUGCGCUGGAACAAUCACCAGAGCAAUCUGCUUUCCGUCUUCGACCAGCUGUUGCACGACGAGUCUUUCGUCGACGUCACGCUGGCCGUUGAGGGCCAAUUACUCAGGGCGCAUAAGAUGGUGCUGUCGGCAUGUAGCCCCUAUUUUCAGGCCUUGUUUGUUGGCCAUCCCGAUAAGCACCCGAUAGUCAUUCUCAAGGAUGUUCCGUACGUGGACAUGCGCAGCCUUCUGGACUUUAUGUACCGCGGCGAGGUAAGCGUCGACCAAGACCGAUUGACCGCCUUUCUACGAGUCGCCGAGUCCCUAAGGAUAAAAGGCCUGACCGAGGUGAACGAGGACAAAUGCGAUCUACCGAGUAUCACAUCCUCGUUAUUGGGUGGCGGUCAGAACGCGGUGGCGCCGCCACCGCCCAAUCUCCAUCGAAUCAACCAAAUUGGUCAGCAUCAUCAUCAUGUCGCGCAAAAGAGGUUCCACCAUAUGUCUAGCCAUCCAUUACUCGGUUCUGCGCUUACAGCGCCCAAGAGAAAACGCGGUAGACCCAGGAAAUUGAGCGGUUCGUCGGACACGCCGAUUGGUGAAGUCGGCGGCCAAGAUUUACAAUCGUGUUCGGGCGCCGAUCUGAUUCAAGGUUCACCCGAAAUGAUGGAAAUGAAGAUGGGACUGGAUUUUCAAAGCGAGGUCAGCGGCAACGGUAACAUCAGGAGUGGUACCAACACCACCAACAGCGUUGGUGCCGCGGCGACCGCUAGUAAUUCCGCCGCUAGUACAGGAUCCUCAGGAUCGUCGUCGGCGAGGAGAGACGAACCUACGGAGAAUGGCACCGAUACGCCGGAGCCGCCCAUCACGCGGGUUAAACGGGAACCAGAACCAACGCCCAGCACCUCGGCGCAAGCCUCGGAUGAGACAUUCGCGCGGCCGCACAGUAGACAAGGGAGUGAAGGUUUCAAGCAAGAAUUAGAAGAGACCUCGAGCGGUGGCGAUAGCGGCGAGCCGCCGACUCAUAUCCGCAUCAACUUUGAGCGAUGCUUUCGCAAGGAAUUCAGCACGUCGACGCUGCAAGGUAAGGCCGCGUCGACCGCCGCGGCGAUGUCAAUGAUCGAAGAUCAGCAACAGCAACACUCGGACACCGAAUUGGAAACGAAGACGAAGGACAUAAGCAGUGCCAUAUUCAGUGCGAUGGCCGGCGAGGCGGAAAUCAGUCAGAGCGACUUUGAAGGCUCGUUCAAGGUUGAGAACGAGCGCACGGAAGGCUCGGUGCGAGACUUUUGCGUAAAGGAGGGCGACGUUUAUCGCUGCACCGUAUGUCAUCGCACGUACACACACAUCAGCAACUUCUGCCGACACUACGUCACCUCGCACAAGCCUAAUGUCAAGUACUACGCCUGUCCGGUCUGCUCGAAAGAAUUCACCAGAAAAGACAAUAUGGUCGCCCACGUGAAAAUCAUACAUAGUCUUAAGCCGCACAUGAGUCUCAAUAGCAACAAUGGUGGCAGUAGCAGUAGCAGCAUGGGUCAGCCGCGGUAGACCGCUGCUGUCGGUUGGGCGUUCUCUCGUUCUGCCUCCUCCUUCGGGUCGUGUUUCCUGAGCCUCGCGCGACGAUCCGCGCAAAAUAUUGCGAUAUUACGAUAGAUUUUCAACAUUUUAUACGAUAUAUCAAGGUUCUUUUAAAAAGAAUUUUGAUAUUCCCAGUGAUUGAUAGCGAGGACCUUAAUAAGAAGAUUCUAAAGUUUACAGCGUUGUAAGAUUAUAAUACCAAAUUAUUAGAUUAUACCAAAAGAGAAACUCUAUAUAUAUAUAUAUAUAAGAACCAGCUAUAUUUGUGGAAAAACACCAAGGGAGAUUCGCGUGGCUUGCCAAAAAAAAAGGCUAAAGGAAAGCGAAGCCAGGAAGGAGGAGGCAGAUGAGGAAAAUGCGAGGAAAGCGCCCGUCGAAGCGCCUCGAACAAGGUUAAUGCGCUUUCGCGAAUAGAAAGAGGAAGACAAUAUAAUAUAUAGAUAUGUGUAAGCGAUAGACAAAUAUAGGUAGACAAGUGACCGAUCUUGUGAAAUGGCUACAACGGAACGGUUAGAGAGAAUAUGCAGAGAUGGGUACGCAAGAUUUUAGCUACGGAUAUCAUCGCCGCAGCACACAUGUUUCUUUUCGAUUUUUGCGCGAAUGUUUUCACAAGAGAAUCUUUCCGGUGCGUCAAUUAACUUUUUGAGCGUUAAUCAUAUCGAGGUUAUGGUGAAACAUUUUUAUAAAUUAUAUGUUUCACUGUCUGUUACAUAUCGUGCAUAUCAUACGAGAGAAAUCAGUUCGAUAUUCUGGUAUCGAUGCUCUGAAAGAAUCAAUCUUGAAUAUCAUUGUAUUUAUAGACAUUAAACACGUACGCUUUUCUACUUCCAAAUUGCAAAAUCUUUUUGGAAAUGUUUUACAAGUACAAUAUUAUCGCUCAAACAGUUGACGGAGCUACUCUAUUGGAUUGCACUGACGCUGCGUAACGUACGAAGUACGAGUCGCGGGUCUGACCAAGUCUAGUGCAACAAAUUCGAGAAAUUACCAAAAUAACUUUUAUAAAUAUUUAAAUUAACGAGAUGUAUCGGCAAACUAUCGAUUGAAUGUCGUUUUAACAAUAUUCUUGAUACUUGAUUCUUGAUUCUUUGGUAGACAAUUUUCGUUGCAUCCUUUCUGAAUUUCAUCUCUGCUCCCAGUUCUGAUCUUGGUUCCAGUAGGUUUAGCUGUCUUUAUCAAUCUCCGUGCCUUCGAAGACCCAUAAUGCGCACGAUUCAGCAAGUCGCGUCACGCAACGUCUACCUUUUCUCAAAGAAUCGCAAUCGUAGCUCUAGCGACGCCGGAAAUUUCAAAAGGACGAAAGGAAACUGUGCGCGCGUAACAAACAACGGGCAUUAAAGUUACGAAACGAAUGAGCUUUAUUAUCGCGCUCGCUUUAAGUAGAAAGAGCGAGGCGACUGUAAAAAUGGGAGACAGAAGAGGCUUUGUACUAUCGUAAAUGUAAAUGAAGAAUUUAUAUAAAUCUAAUCGAUACGCUCGUUUCAAUGCGUCGUACAAUGUGCGCGUACAGUUGUAUGUAAAAGCAGUUGCAAGUAAAAAGGAGGGAAAGGCGCCGUAUAAAUCCAAAUCAACGCAGAGACAGAAAGAGAGAGAUAGAAAAAGUAUAUUUAUUAUCGCCUGACUAUAUAUUAGGUUGCAAAGAAAGAGAGAGAGAGAGAGAGAGAAUCAAACACGUCAGCUGUAAUGCAGCUCGGCGACAUUUUUACGAGAAGUGCGCGCGCGCGUCUCAUCGAAAAAGAUUACAUAAGCUUGCAAACUUUACUCGUAUUUUUCACAAACAAGGACUUUUGCGCAUUCUUGAUAAAAUAUAGUUUUAAACACUUGGUCCCGAUAAAUCUUAAUGUACCUCGAAGUAAUUUCCCGACAAAGAAAAAUGGGACGAAUACGCUAUCAUCACAUGUAGCAGUACAAAAAAAUUGCAAAGAAACUGAGAAUUUUGGGAACAACACACCAAUUAUAAUUAUAAUAGAUUGUUAAAUAUAUUUAUCGGAAUAUAUAUUGAGAGAGCAACUCUCUCUCGACUGAACUAGUAAAAGACUUGAGAGAUGAAAAGAGGAAAAGGAAUCUGGGUGAAACGAGCGCGCGCACAUGCAGUGUAAGUAAUAAGGAAACUACGUAGACUGAGCAAAUGCAAUAUAUAAAUAUAUAUAUGUAUCGAUGACCGUUCGCCAUGUUGUUGUUGAGCCGUUUGAGUUGCAAAGAUAAUGUUACGAAAACAUUUUUUAGGAGAAGCGGUGAUGAAAAAAAUGGGGCAGAGAAGUAAAAGGUACGGGAAGUGUAACAAUUUCGCUAAAGAUUGCGAAAGAGAGGGACGGUUUUAACGACACCAAAUACAAGAUAGUACUGACAUUGGAUAGACUGAAGGCACCUUAGUAAUAACUUAACAACGCCGCCGCCAUGUCGGACCGCUUGGUCUGUUUAGCUGAUUUCACUCUUGAACAAACAAGUUCGCGAGAGGAACUUGGUCAAUUGUAUUGAUGACUUGUAUAAAAGAUUCAUCAUUCGUAUCGUAAGCUUUUAGACAGCUUGAAAAAUCAAUAUAUGUAAUAAUAUAUCAUUGAAGAAAAUUUCGAAACAUUCUAUCGAGAAUAUGAUAUAAAAAUUAAGAAAAAAAAGAAAAAAAUAUAUCGAAUCGCGGAGAUCUAUCCAAAUUACA